AUGAAGGCUAAACGGAACAUGACGCCUGAUAUGAAAAGGGAAAAAAGCUUAAGAUUUACACCAAUUUUCCAUAAGCAUUUCAAUGAGAGGUCUGAAAGUGUAAAAGAAGUAAAGCAAAGAAGCACUGUCUAUGAGAGAUUUGCAAAUAGGUCACCUUCACCAACUGGAGGGUCAGAAGAAAUUUUACAUUUAAAAGCAGAAAGAUUAGAAGCAUUCAGAGAUUUGUUUUCUUAUGAAGAAAUUUAUGAUCAUAAGUUUUCAAUGAGAGCAAGGAUUAAAAAAACAUUAGACCAGUAUAGAGAAAUUUCGAAAAGAAUGAAAGAAAUCAGUAGCCAAAUUGAAGAGGAGAAAGAGUUGCUGGGGUUGAUUGAAAAUGAGCUUAGUAUCCCUUUAGAAAGCUUUCAAGUUGAGCCAAAAAAAUUUAAUGAAAUACAAAGAGAUUUGAAUGAAGAAAAUAAGCGAAAUUCAGAGGAUUCAAUGAGAGAAGGCAAAAAAAUAUGGGAUCUUGAAGAUUUGAAUGAGGAUUAUUAA